AUGGCAUCUGACGAAAUACCUCGGAAGCUGUGGGAGCAUCCCAACCCCAACGAUACAGAAAUGUAUCGGUUCUUGGAAUCCGUGAAUUCCACCUUCAGCCUACAGCUAAAGACUUUUGAUGACCUGCACAACUGGUCGAUCUCCAAUCGUUCCAAGUUCUAUGGCCACCUAUUUAAUUAUGCCAAUCUCAUCUAUGAAGGUCAAGCGACAUCAGUGGUGGAUGAGUCUCUACCUAUAGAUGCCAUCCCCAAGUGGUUUCCUGACGUAAGACUCAAUUGGGCGGAGAACAUUCUCUUCUCUCGCAAGUCUUCUGACGCCAUCGACUAUCAUGGAACGACGGGCAAGGAAGAUGCGAAGUAUGCCGUGACUGAGAUCCGGGAAGGGAAUACAGGCGAAGUAAGAAACCUCACCUGGGGCGACUUUAGAAGGGAUACAGGGCGUUUAGCUGCCGCGAUGAAGGCACGCGGGGUGAAGGAGGGCGACCGCAUCGUCCUUGUGGGUGCCAACUCUAUCGAGACAUGA